AUGCCUCCCCAUGGGAUGUCCUCUUCUCCCCAGUGGGCCCCUGCCAGACAAGCAGAUUGUACAGAUGAUUCUCUUCCCCUCCCCAUUGCCUUUAUCCUGCAACAUGAGCAGCAGCAGCAGCAGCAGCAGCAGGGAGAGACGCAUCUACAGCAGCAGCAGCAGGACGACCAGCAGCAAGAGCAGCAGCAGGAGCAGCAGAAGGAAGGUAGCCUUGCCGCUCGUCUUUCAACAAUUUCAACUCCAAGUGGUACUGCCGAGGCCUGUGUUGUUGUUCCUGCUGCUGCUGCUGCUGCUGCUGCUGCUGCUGUUGGUGCUGCUGCAGCUGUUGCUGCUGCUGUUGUUGUUGCUGCUGCUGCUGAAGUUGCUGUCCUAGGACGUGACGUCUUCAAGGAACAUCUUGAGCACGAAGAGUUGGAGGUGCCACCAUCGCUGCAGGAGCUGCUGAACCAGCGCAACGAGGCAGCAGCAGCAGCAGCAGCAGCAGAAAAGCAGCAACUUGAAGAGACUCAGCCUGAGCUGCAGCAACUUUCUCAGCAUGUUGCUACUGAGACGAGCUCAGCAAGCACACCCCAAGAGCUUCAAUCACCCCAAUCUGUUUUAGAUGCGGAGGACAGCAGAUUUGAUGCUGCUGCUGCUGCUGUUGCUGGUGCUGCUGCUGCUCCUAUAGCAGCAACACCAGCAGCAGCAGCAACGUUGUGUGCUUCUGGUGUCUAUACGCCUCUAGAUGGUAGUGAAUGUACCCUUCAGACAAUUAACAGCAGCAACAGCAGCAGCAGCAGGAACAGCCUCGAAUCUGCAGCAGAUACAGGUGCAACACAUGAGGCAGCAACAGCAGCAGCAGCAGCAGCAGCAGCAGGAGACCCCAAAGCAGUUGCAUAUCCUUUUAGCUUUCGCGACACUGGUAGUAAGCCACACAAGCGGCAGCAACAGAAGCUGCAGCAGCAGCAACAGCAACGGCAAGAAAGCUUGCAGCAACUGCAGCAAAGGGCAGUGUACGGACGCAACAACAUACACAGGUUGUAUACCGCAGAGCAGCAGAGGCAGCAGCAGCAGCGGCAGCAGCAGCGGCAGCAACAACUGCGCUCUUCUACCCUUGAGUUUCAACUGCAGCAAGGAGCAUCUUAUGCAUGCAGCAGCCGCAGCGUGGGCAGCAGCAGCAGAGGAAGAAGCAACAGCAGCAGCAGGAAGAGCAGCAUCAGCCGCAGCUUCUGCUACUCUGAGCAGCACAACUGCAUGCAGGACAAGCCGUGGGUGCAGCAGCAGCAAGAGCUGCCGGAGUGGAGGCCAGCAUCAGAAGCAGCAGCAACAGCAGCAGCAGCACCCACAGCAGCACACGCUGCUGCAUCGGGGCAGCAGAAGCAGCAGAGCCUGCUGCAGCACCAACAGCCCCUUAAAGGAGGGAGAAAACACAAACGGCAGCGGCAGCAUCAGCAACUGCAGCAGCAGCAGCAGCAGAAGCACCAGACUCUGCUUCUUCAGCAGCAGCAAUCCUGCCUGCUGCUCGAAGAGCAGCAGCAGCUAGAACAAGACGACGUGCCGGUGCAGCACGAACUGCUGCUGCAGGACGAACAGCAGCAGCAGCUACUGCGGCAGAGGAGGCAAGGGCACACACGUCAUAAGCAGCAGCAGCAGCUGCUGCUGCUGCAACGGCAACACGCCUUGCCGAUACUGGGAGACUCGCAGCAGCUGCUGCUGCAUGACCAGGUGGAGCUGCAACAGCAGCAGAACCUGCCAGAGGAGGGAUAUUUGCUGCAGCAGCAGCAGCAACAGCAGCAGCACAUGCCAUAUGGUACAGCAGACAACUCUUGGCUUCCUUGCACAACAUGGCAACCACAGCAGCAGCAGGAGGAAGAGGAGGAGCAGCAACAGCAACGUGACUACCAGAGGAGGCAAAGGAGAAGGGAGAAGCAGCAACAGCUGCAGCAGCAACAGCUCCGGCAGCAACAACUACAGCAGCAGCAGGUGCAGCAGCAAUACCAUCGACAGCACCGCCGGUGCCGCCCUACCGUGCAGCCGCAGCAGCAGCUGCUGCUGCAACAGGAGCAGCAGCAGCUGCAGCUACAGGCAGAAGAAGAAGAGGUGAUGCGACAACAGCGGAGAGAGCUGCUGCUGCACCGGGAAGCAGCAGCUGCUCAGCAGCAGUGGCAACAGCAGGGGGAGAGGCUGCUGCUGGAGGCAACAGCAGCAGCAAAAGAGAGAAGGGAGCAGCAGCAGCAACGGCAGCAGCAGUUGCUGCAGCAGCAGCAGGAGGAAGAAGCAUUUCCGAAACACACUGUUCAGAGGCGAAGGGGAGAAGGGUAUCGCCGACACCAGCAGCAGCAGCAGCACUUGCAGCAGCAGCAUUUGCAGCAGCAGCACUUGCAGCAGCAGCACUUGCAGCAGCAGCACCACCAUUACGCUCAUCGAAGCGGGCAGCGCGAGCGCCGAGGGCAACGGCAGCAGCAGCAGCAGUUUCUGUAG